AUGCAUCUCUGUAGCAAAUCAGGCUGUUCUGAUUCUCAGUACUUUGAAGAGUUCUACAGCUAUUUUACUACAGAACAGGCGUGGAAGCUAUGUGAUCCAGAGGCAGAGAAAGUGUUCAAGGCUAUUAAAAAAGCGGGUGUAAAAGUUGCCAUUCUGUCCAACUUCGACACUCGAUUAAGACCUCUCCUACGAGCACUGAGAUGUGAAGACUGGUUUGAUGCGGUGACUGUUUCAGCAGAAGUUGAAGCGGAGAAACCAAACCCGACCAUCUUCUUGAAAGCUUGCUGUGACGCUUCGCUCUGGGGAAGUGAAGUUACUUCAUUUAAACAGGUUGCUCAACGGAUAGGAGUGAAGGUUUGAAGCAGCGCAUAUGAGAGAAAUGGUUCAGUCUUCAGACAUGUUCAGGCUUCGGUUUUAGCUCUCUUUUUUUAUGAGCAGUUUUGUACAUUUGAUUUCUCUUUUGUAGUAUGAUGUGUGUAAUAUAUGUUGCCGCUUAUGUAUAAAAGCAGAAAAUUAUAAAUCUUCAGGAUCGUUGUUGAUCCGAACAGAAAUCUUGUAUUGUUUUUGACAUUUGUUUAUAAUAAAAGUUACUUACAUACUUGAA